CGUCAAUUAUGAAUUUUGUAUCUGAUGGUGAUUGGUGGCACGACACGACUGGGGGUCUGGAAGAGAAAGAUGCUUUCACUAAUAACUAUAGCUUCCAAAUUCCAAGAUUGACCACACCACACCUUCAUCAUCUUCAUUCCAUCAGAAGUUAGAUGCUAUGGAGUCCCUCACCCUUUCAGUUACUGUAGCCGUAGUUGCUUUUUCUACCCUCUUGUUCCUCCUGCUACUCACUAGAAGACAUGCGGGAGUCGGAGCCGGAGCCGGAGCCGGAUCACUUCCCCCAGUACCAGCGGUUCCAGGAUUACCAGUGAUAGGGAAUCUUCUGCAAUUGAAGGAGAAGAAACCUUACAAGACCUUCACACAUAUGACUCACAAACAUGGGCCCAUCUAUUCCAUCCGAACCGGUGCUUCCACUCUCAUUGUUCUCAACUCUCCCCACCUUGCUAAGGAGGCAAUGGUCACCAGAUUUUCAUCAAUUUCAACAAGGAAGCUAUCCAAUGCACUCAAGAUUCUCUCUUCUGAUAAAUGUAUGGUUGCCACUAGUGACUACAAUGAAUUUCACAAAACGGUCAAAAGACAUAUUCUUACUAACCUCUCAGGAGCCAAUGCACAGAAGCGACACCGUAUCCGCAGAGAAGCCAUGAUGGAAAAUAUUUUGAGCCAGUUUAGUGAACAUAUCAAGACCUUCUCUGAUUUGGCAGCUAAUUUUAGGAAAAUAUUCGCUACUCAACUAUUUGGAUUAGCACUGAAGCAAGCUCUGGGAAGUAAUGUAGAGACCAUUUAUGUGGAGGAACUUGGGAGUACAUUAUCAAAAGAGGACAUAUAUAAGAUUCUAGUGGUCGAUAUAUCGGAGGGUGCAAUUGAGGUGGAUUGGCGAGAUUUCUUUCCAUACCUGAAGUGGAUUCCAAAUAGGAGGAUGGAGAUGAAAAUUCAGAAUCUGCAUGUGCGCAGAAAAGCUGUCAUGAAGGCCUUGAUGAAUGAGCAAAAGAACAGAAUGGCUUCAGGAAAGAAAGUACAUUGCUAUUUUGACUACCUGGUGUCGGAAGCUAAAGAACUGACUGAAGAUCAAAUUUCCAUGCUAAUCUGGGAAACCAUUAUUGGGACAUCUGAUACUACAUUAGUUACAACUGAAUGGGCUAUGUAUGAACUUGCCAAAGACAAAACACGUCAGGACCGUCUUUAUGAGGAGCUCCAAUAUGUAUGUGGACAUGAAAAUGUUAUAGAAGACCAAUUAUCUAAGCUACCUUACUUGGGGGCAGUAUUCCAUGAAACUUUAAGGAAGCAUAGUCCAGCUCCCAUGGUUCCACCAAGAUAUGUUCAUGAAGACACACAAUUGGGAGGAUAUCAUAUUCCUGCAGGAAGCGAGAUCGCAAUAAAUAUAUACGGAUGCAACAUGGACAGCAAUCGGUGGGAAAAUCCUUAUGAGUGGAUGCCUGAGAGGUUUCUUGAUGAGAAAUAUGACCCCGUGGAUUUAUACAAGACGAUGGCCUUUGGAGCAGGGAAGAGGGUGUGUGCAGGCUCUCUUCAGGCCAUGUUGAUAGCUUGCACUGCAAUUGGAAGAUUGGUUCAGGAAUUUGAGUGGGAACUCGGACAAGGGGAGGAAGAGAAUGUCAAUACACAGUGCUUUACCACCCGCAAGCUCCAUCCACUGCUAGUAAAACUCAAGCCAAGAAUCAAGUAAUCAUGCUAGAGUUGCUAUUAGCAUGAAUGCUGCCUCUCUAUUUACCAAGUUAAUCCAUGAAUAAAGCUUUUACUAUGCACGUGUUUAUUUUUCAUCAUAAACCUUCCAAUCAUUUGUAAGAAAAACCAGAAAAUUGGUAACAAUCAUCAUCAUCUUCAUGUUGAGUUGUUUCACGGUGGGAAGGCAACGUGUCUAGUCCCAUUAACUUUCAUCCAUGAAUCAUGAUGUAAGCCACCUUGCGUAGCUAUAAGACUAGCAAAAUAUUGAAGCGCAUUCCUUUUAUUCAGUUAUUUUAUGUGACUCAAGUGCAUUCAUUUCC